AACCGAACCUGGACAAAAUUUUUGCCGGGUUCGCAUCCCUGGUUUGGAUAAUGUCUGUUCAAAUAUUGUACAUGUCACUUGACCUCGAGUUUACAGGACCGCUUUCACGUUAGCUUUUAUUACAAUGGACCAAUCUUUUCGAAAAAUUAUCAGUCAAGAAAUUACAAAGCUUGAUUUGUUAUUAAAAGCUUUUAUCAACGAUAUUAACCAAGGACCAGAAACAAAAGAAAAACUAAGAGAUCUAAAUAAUCAAGCUUAUGAUGUUUCUGAACAUAUAAAAUUACGAAUUGAAGAUUUAGAAGGCAUCAUAGAAAAUACUCCUACUCUUAAGAAGGAUAUUAAUAUUUUAAAAGAGCAAUAUUCUAAGAAUAUAAAUAAUUUGAGGUCUGCAAAUUUAAAAGCUCAACUUAAUUUUGAUGUAUUGACAAGGUCUGCCCUUUUUAACAAAGAUAUUCAUGAGAAACAAAAUGAUUUUCUAAAAAAGAGGAAACAAGCUAAAAAAGAAGAAUUGAUUUCAAACUCUAUUAAAUUAACAACUGGUUUAAAAGAUGUUACAAAAUUUAUAGCUCAAACAGUUAAACAUAGUGAAGAUAAUUUAAAUCUUUUAACAAAAUCUUCUUCCAAAAUCUACUCAACAAAUGAGGAGUUACAUAGUAUGGAUACUAAUAUAAUUCAAUCACGAAAGUUGUUAAAAAAAUAUGAUAGAAGACAUUUAACCGACAAAUUACUGAUCGUCUUAGCCCUUAUAUUCUUUUUCAGUGCUGUCUUGUAUAUAAUUAGCAAACGCGUCAGUCUCUUUGGAAUAUUGGGAUUUCGAAAAAAAGCUAUAAAUAAUUAACGAUUUGAUUUAUGAUAUUUUAAUUUUUGUAAAUUAAGUUUCAAUAUAUUUGUCAAUAAAU